AUGGAAAUUUCAGGGAGUGAAGAAGAAGGCCACAUCAUACGUCAGAGGAGAGAAGAUGAUGAAGAUGUGAAUCCUCAUCUUUGCAUAUGUGAUGGUUGCAACUAUGAGAUUAAAGACGGACUAUCUGUCAAGGCUUUUGGUGCGUUUUGGCAUUCUCAAUGUUUAUUGUGCGUUCAUUGCCACAAACCAAUUGCUAUGAACGAGGUGUCAAACUCAAAGAGAAAGUUUCACAGACAUUGCUACAAGGAGCAUCGUCGCCCAAACUGUUAUGUCUGCACAAAGAAAAUUCCUUCAACUAAGGAAGGUAUAAAGUACCAUAAGCAUCCUUACUGGGAGGAAACAUACUGUCCUUCUCAUGACGAUGAUGGAACUGCCAAGUGUUUCAGCUGUGAACAAUUACAAGCUCGUGGAACAGAGUAUGUAAUGCUUGCUGACAAUCGGUGGCUGUGCGUCGAGUGCAAGGAAAGCGCGGUUAUGGAUAUCGAUGAAUGCCAAUCUUUGCACUUUGAAAUCCGUGAGUUUUUCAAAGGCUUAAACAUGAAGGUUGAGAAAGAGUUUCCUCUUAUUUUGGUGGAUCAACAAGCUCUGAAUAAAGCUGAGAAAGAGAAUGUGAGUGAAUGCCAGUAUGGGGUUGUUACUAGAGGUAUUUGCCUGUCUGAAGAGAAGAUUGUCACAAGGAUCCCUAGAGGGCCAACCAAGCAGAUAAUAGGCAUGACUAGAGAAUCUCAAAGGUUCGUUCGCGAGUGCAAUGUCACUGCAAUUAUGAUCCUAUAUGGACUGCCUAGGUUGCUAACUGGAUAUAUAUUGGCACACGAGAUGAUGCACGCUUAUCUUAGACUCAAAGGGUAUAGGAAGCUUAACACGGUUCUUGAAGAAGGAGUAUGCCAAGUGCUAGGACACAUGUGGUUGGAGUCUCAAAGAUGCUCAACGAGUAAUGCUGCAUCAUCAGCUUCUUCUUCCCGAACUCCUCCACGUACAUGGCUGAAAGGAGACCAGUGUGAUUUCGAGAAGAAGCUAGUGGAGUUUUGCAUUAAUCAGAUUGAAACAGAUGAAUCACCAGUCUACGGUGACGGGUUCAAGAAAGUUAACGAGAUGUUGGUCUCAAAUCAUUACAACCUUAAACAUACCCUAAAGGACAUUGCUAUUGCUUCUAAGACUCUACAGGAUUCAAAUUUUUGA